AUGAGAGCAGAUCGUGGCAUGGAGCUGCCAGAGGACUUCUGGAUACCCGUCCCCCUGGACACCAACAACAUCACGUCACUCAGUCCUUUUCUGGUUCCUCAGGACCACUUGGGGAACUCAGCCACAUUCUACGCCAUGGCAGGAUUCAUGUUCUUUGUAUUCGUGGUUGGCACUGGCAUUAACAUCCUCACCAUUGGAUGCACUAUCAAAUACAAGAAGCUCCGGUCCCACCUUAACUACAUCCUGGUGAACUUGGCCGUGGCAAACCUUCUUGUGUCUGCUGUGGGCUCCUUCACUGCCUGCUGCUCAUUUGCAUUCCGAUACUUUAUCUUUGGAGCACUAGCAUGCAAGAUUGAAGGUUUCCUGGCAACACUUGGCGGUAUGGUAAGCCUGUGGUCUCUUGCUGUGGUAGCUUUUGAAAGAUGGCUGGUCAUCUGCAAGCCACUUGGAAACUUUAUUUUCAAGCCUGACCAUGCUGUCGCUUGCUGUGUAUUUACCUGGGUGUUUGGACUGAUUGCUUCACUUCCUCCACUGUUCGGAUGGAGCAGGUACAUCCCAGAAGGCUUGCAGUGCUCCUGUGGUCCAGACUGGUACACCACAAACAACAAAUACAACAAUGAAUCCUACGUGAUCUUUCUCUUCGGCUUCUGCUUUGCUGUUCCAUUCACCACCAUUAUUUUCUGCUAUGGUCAGCUGCUCAUUGUGAUGAAAAUGGCAGCAAAGGCCCAAGCAGAGUCUGUCUCCACCCAGAAAGCAGAGAAGGAGGUGACCAAGAUGGUGGUCCUCAUGGUGAUUGGCUUCCUGGUGUGCUGGUUGCCUUAUGCCUCCUUUGCUCUUUGGGUUGUGAAUAACCGUGGGCAACCAUUCGAUCUUCGACUGGCGACCAUACCUUCCUGCUUCUCAAAGGCCUCUGCAGUCUACAACCCUGUCAUCUAUAUUUUCUUCAAUAAACAGUUCCGUUCAUGCAUAAUGACAAUGCUGGGGAUAGGUGGAGGUGAGGAGGAAUCCUCAACAACAUCAUCAGUGACUGAAGUCUCCAAAGUUGGGCCUGCUUAG